AACGCCCGCCUCACUACUUCACUACACCAACCCCCAAAAAACCUCCCACUCUGCCACCUCCCGCACCGCCGCCGUCUCGCACGCGCGACAGAGGACGCGCGCGAUCCCCCCUCUCCUCGCCCACCAGAUCGCGCCAUGGCCUCCACGGCGUUGGGCGCCGCCAAGUUCCUCCACCUCGACUCCUCCCCGCGCAUCGCGCCGCAACGCGCGAUCCCCACCGCGAAUCUCUCCUUCUCCCCGCUGUCCGCCUCCUCCUCCUCCUCCUCCUCGCCGUCGCUCCUCCGCCUCCGAUCCCCGUCGCCGUCCGGCCCGGGAGGCAGGCUGCCACCGCCCCCGCCCCCGCGAUCCUACGGCGGCGGCGGAUCUGGCGACGCCGCGGACUCCGGCGCCGGCGACGGUGAUGGCAGCCGCGGGGGCAUCCUCGGCGUCUUCCUGGCCGGGUGGGCCGCCCGCGUCGCCGCGGACCCGCAGUUCCCGUUCAAGGUGCUCAUGGAGGAGGUCGUCGGCGUCACCGCCUGCGUUCUCGGCGACAUGGCCUCCCGCCCCAACUUCGGCCUCAACGAGCUCGACCUCGUCUUCUCCACCAUCGUCGUCGGAUCCAUCGUCAACUUUGUCAUCAUGUACCUCCUCGCGCCCACCGCCGCCGCCUCGUCCGUGGCCUCCGCGCUCCCCAAUUACAUGUUCGAGCCCGGCGCCUACACGCUCGGCUCCCGCGUCGCCACGCUCUUGUCCAAGGGCGCGACCUUCACGAUGGUCGGGUUCGCGGCCGGGCUCGCCGGCACCGCUCUCUCCAACGGGCUCAUCGCGAUGCGGAAGCGCAUGGACCCGUCGUUCGAGACUCCCAACAAGGCGCCGCCGACGCUGCUUAACGCGGCCACCUGGGGGCUCCACAUGGGCGGCAGCAGCAAUCUGCGUUACCAGACUCUGAAUGGGAUCGAGUACGUCCUCGGCAAGGUCGCGCCGGCGCCCGUGUUCAAGGCGUCUGUUGUUGCUCUCCGGUGCAUCAACAACGUGCUUGGUGGCAUGUCCUUCGUGUUGCUUGCCAGGUUGACAGGAGCGCAAAAAUCAGAUAAGCCAGCGACGGUUGCAGAAGAGAAGGAAACGUUGAUCGCUGUGGGCAAUGCUGCCGCAGAUGCCAUCAGUGAGGCAAAGGAAGGAGAGGGUAAGUAAGUGGGUAGAGGAGAGUGCAGUUGGAUGGAUGCGUGCAUGCUUGCGUCGUGCAUCAACUGAUCUUCCUUUGCUGCUGCUUGACAUAGACCAACAAACAUGUAGACGAUAAGUGAGUGGGUUGGAAUAAGGAGUGAGGCUCGAACAUUUUCUUCAGUCUGUUUGUGGUUUCUUGGUAUCGCCGGAUGACAUGCGGACGACAUGCUUAGUUGAUCUUAGAAUAAAGUUUCUCUCUUGUUCAUUUGAUCUUUGACUCAAUGGAUAGCCUGCUUGCCGUACCUGAAGUUGUUUGAUUUGCAUGCAAUUUAUGAUCCUGAAUGACCCUAUGAUGUAAAGAUGAGUGAACUCAUGACCCAGAAAAAAAAAACUUGAUGCUACCUAGUGUUUCCAUGUAACCCAGCCAGUGGCAAAAUGCAGGCUGAAGCUUUUGCUCAAAUUGAACCGUGGAUUCAAA